AUGCGGUUCCUUUGUCUCCCAGGAGCAUUCAACAAUGCAAAGACAUUCGAGGCACAACUCAAACCAUUAUGCGAUAUCCUUGAAUCCGACGAAAGUGCCACUUUUCGCUUCGCAGAAGGAAACGUCCUCGUCGAAAUACCCAAUGAAUUUACAGGCUUCUUCGGACCACCACCAAACUAUGCAUUCUUCGACGUGAAUAACCGGGACGCCGUUCUCCAGCACAUCCGUCAUUUUCCGCGAGGUGAAACUCCCGAGAAUACUCUGCGCUCUAUCACAAAACAGUCCGUUUCUUCCUCAUUCGAGAGUGUCCGAUCGGCUCUCGACUACUUGAUUCAGCUGUUGGAUAAGGAACCGGAUAUAGACGGCGUUAUCGGAUAUUCCGAAGGUGCUCGUGUUGCUGCCUCGCUGAUCCUGGACGAACGGCAGAGACAGAAGGACUCGGGACGGACACCUCGCAUUAACUUUGCAAUCUUCAUUGGGGGAUGGCAGCCUGUUCAUCCUGUCUCCGGGACUGAUGUGUAUGCGGAUGAGACUGAAGAGAGGAUUGAGAUUCAUACGUGCCAUGUUCUUGGCAGUAAUGAUCCGUAUAUCAACGCAUCGCUGGCGCUGUAUAACCUUUGUGAUCAAGAUCGUGCGGAUCUAUUUGAUCAUGGGGCUGGACAUGUUCUUCCACGUGAGAAGGCGGCUUUGGAGGACCUCGCUGAUGUUGUUCGGAAUAUGAUCACGGAUGCGAAUGAGUGUGGUUGA